GUCGAGAUUCAGGUGUGGGUGUAUCCCGAGCCGUCGAUUUUCCAGGCUGGCAGUGCGUGGCGCCUGCCACUUCAGUCUAGGAUAAACGCUUGCGACGAGCACAACAAGUGCGCGCAUGCAAACAGCCCCGGAGCCAGUGGUUUUUGAGCCAGGAGCCAGUGCUACCCCAGCCCUACUCGAUUCUCCUUUGUAGUGUAGUGUGCUCGAGUGAAAGUGACAGUGUCAGUGAGUGUGAUUGUGUGCCCAGAAAAGAAGAGGCAGGACAUCUGCUAGCGGGAUUCAUCGGAAAUUUUUAUUUGCGAGUGCGCGAAUUAAGUAGCUGCGCGCGUUCAAUCAAACAUGUAACUCCUUUUACGAUUCUGCGAUCAAUACUUCAUGUGCCGUUAUUGGUAAUUGGUGGUGGUGCCAAAGUAGAACCCAACAAUUUGUUUACCCCUUUUAAGCCCCGGAACAAGCCACCAUACCACGUUAUUCAUUAUUUUUGUGAAGAUAAUCAAGCUCAAGAAAGUUUUGUGUGAAUUUUGGAUUUCAAUCCUAGGCUAAACCCAUCUACAAAGAAAUAUUUCUGGACGGAAGUUAGGCAUUUGUUUGCUACUUCAGUCGGAAUAACCCCAUACGGAAAUAUGAAUAUUUUUUGGAUAAUCGCUUUACUUUUAGGAUUACUGCAAUCAAAGCCAAUAAAUGGACAAUCGGAUGUGCAGGUGCAAUUAGUGGUGCCCAGAUAUGUGGAGCGCGGAUCGAGUGCCACCUUCAAGUGCACGCACAAUGUGCGCCCGGAAAUACUCUUCAAGGUGACAUGGCUGAAGGUUGACAAGGGCAAGUUCUUUGAGUUCAUAAACGGACGCAACCCACCAUUCCGGAACUCUACCAUCGAGGGAGCCGAAAUCGACUGGGACAACUCGAACGAGCGACAGGUGACGCUGAAGGAUGUCCAGUUCGAUCUGUCUGGCCAGUUCUACUGCGAGGUCUCAACGGAUACACCCAUUUUCACAAAGGCCAGCGCCGACGAGCUCAUGAGCGUAUUCUUGCCCCAGACGGGUCCGCCCACAAUUAGGUUUCGCAAGCGGACGCCCUUCGUGGUGGGAGAGAAACUCUUCGCUCUGUGCAACACAACACGCGGACGCCCCGCCCCGCACAUCACGUGGCUAAUCAAUGGGAAAAAGGUGGAGGACAAGUACGUGCGCACCCACCAUGUGUAUUCGUUCACCGGGAAGCAUCAGCGGCGCACGCAGCAGCAACAGCAGACACAGAUGAGUCAGCAGCAGUUGCAACAAUACUAUCAACAGCAGUACUACAAUUCAUACCACCAGCAGUACCACAUCCCCAUGGGUCAAUUCAUGGACCGAUACGAUAAGAGCCUGCGCUGGCCGGCAGGAGCUCGAGGUGAUGAUUUCCCGCACUUUGUGUCACACCAUCACGAGGGACAUGGCCAUCAUGGCAGCCUGUAUAACAAUCCUUUCGGCUCCCUGGCCAACUACCACGACGUGGGCGAGUUCCAUGAGAUCCACCAGCGUAACUACGAUAUGAAGAAGAAGCAGCUUGAACUCAAGAAACAGCAGCAAAUGGAGAUGAAAAAGCACAGGAACAACAGUAACCGCAAGUACCGGCGCCACAUAAACGAAAACGCUUUGGGCAUCAUCCGCAGCACCCUAAACAGCGGUGGCUUCGGACCGCAGGCGCCCAACAACAACAGGGAGCUGGGCAUACCCUCCAACGCUGGUCCGAUGAAUCAACUGGCGGCCGGCUAUCAGCGGCCCCUGUCGCAUCCUGGCGGGGGCAGUGGUGUGGCAGCAGCGGCGGCUGCGGUGACUGCGGCGCAGCAGGAGAAGGGCAUGUUCAGCAUCAGCCAACUGAACAUGGAGCUCACCGAGGAGCACGUAGGCAGCAACGGACGCAUGGAGAUCACCUGCCUGGCCACGAUCCCCUCGGCGGUGGGUCAGGGCGAGCAAUAUGCCGACUACAAAACCUUCUCUGUGAAAGUUGAAGUCGAGCGGCAUGUGGCCUCCUCCACAUCCACGGCUCCCCCAAGCAUCGGCAUGGCGGCGCUGGGCAAUGGAAACGGGCACGGCAAUGAGACCUCCGCCGGAUGGAGCGCACGCCGUGUGGUAGUGACGCACUUGUGGUCCCUGGCCCAGUUGCUCCUGCUCGUCCUGCUCCCCCUGAGCUACUAGAAUGGAGGAGGGCGCGCAUGCAGAAGGCGGAUGAGGAGGAGUAGACCACCGACAUACUCGCACAGAAGGAAUAGUUACAGAAAAUCAAGGGCAACCACAUCAUCAAGAUCAUUAUACCCAUCUAGGACAAAGCAGCCAGAGCAGCAGAAGCAGCAUCGAAGAACCCAAGAAGUUGAAAUUUUUGUAAAUUGUACACCCGAAAUUUUUAAUCUAUUUCCAAGGCAUGGGCUCAAUUGAGCAGGAAAAUUAGCACAGCACAAAGAGCAGAAAAACAAAAGGACUGGAGCAAAUGCCUGGCGAAUGGAUUAGGAAAACAUUUGUAACAUUUUGCGCCCGCCAUGGUCAGCCCAUUUAAAUAGUUUACUUGUAAAUAACUGCAAAAGACCGAGGGGACAGUGGGCGAUGAUAUUCUUUUUUGUUUGUGUGGCCGCAAUGGCAAAGCGAAAUGCUUGUAAUUAAGUUGCAGGCGGUCGGGGAAACUGGGUAAACGUUUUCCGGCUGACCAGGGGCAUUUUUUGUAGCGCAAAGAAAAUUUUGUAUAGCCAAUUGGGCACUAGUUUUGGGAAAGGCACGCUGACGAAUCCAGGGAAUGCAAUUUCGUGCCAAGAAUCCAAAGUUUUGUGCGAUUCAAGGUCAGCGUGCAACGGGGGAGACAUUCCGCCCACUGAUUUCCCUUCGUCGGCCUUGUCAAAACUUUUUGGGCAAAUGCCGCCUCCAGAGAAAUCCAAAAUGCAAACAGCUAGAAUUAAUUGGGGCAAAGUUUUUAGGCGUUUCAAAGCAGUCGCUACGAAGCUUGUACCUAAAAUGCAUGAUCUUAGUGCAAUAGCGAAGAACACACCACUACACACUCGGAAGUGAGUUAAAGUAACAUAUUUUUUACGGCAUUGUAGGGCUUUGGCUAGUCGAAAAUAAAGAGUAAAGAUUGUGGCAACUAAGGGUUAGGAUAAAAUUAAGGCAAUUGAGUUUAGGCGCCAGAAGCAGCAGCAGAAAGCUAAAUAAGAGUAACGAACCCCGAACCCGACCCGUACCAACGUAACCCGAAAUAAAACGUUUAAAUGUAAAAUAAUUAGACAGUUAAACCAAGAAGCUUACAAAAACAAUCAGUGUUGAAAACAUUUUGAGAAACAAAAACGAAACAGAGAAGGGCGAAGAGAAAAUAACACGAACACAAGAAAAUGGCGUCGCAAUGGGCGCCGUCUGUGGCGCGUGGUGACCCCCGAAAAAAGGAGUCAGGUCGGCCCCAAAGGUCCGAGAUGGGAUGGGUUAUGGGCUAUGGGCUAUGGGUUGGGUAAUGGGUUAGCCCAGAACCCAAAACAGAACCCGACUCAUUCCGACACACAUUACGACGCUUACUUAUUUAUUUUCAUUUCGGCCCCUAAUUUUUGUUUCGUUGUGUGUAAAUGGUUAUCGUUGCAAUGGAUCGUUUAGUGUGUAGUUAGGAAAAUAUUUGCCGUUGCGAUUAAUUGUUUUAAUUAUUGUUUCUGUUCCGGCCAUUUAGAGGGGGCUGGAAACAAAGUACAGAUGCAUUUCGUGUACAUUUAGGAAAGGAUAUUUUCAAACGCGCUUUAAGUGUCUACGGCUAGAGAUCAAUUUUAAACACGUAGCAUAACAAUGUAACUAUGUAAAGCAAAAGGAUAAACAACUACAGAAAACCCGGCAAAGUAAAUACAUGUAAAGCAAUUAGUGGGCUAGUCUAUAUCUCUAUACGUUUACGUAAAUAUAUAUAUAAAAUGUGCGUCUGUACUGUGUGUAUGUAAUUAGGCUUCUAUUUUUGACUCUACUCGACGGCGAAAAAGCAAAACAAAAAUACUAAAUCCAGAAAUAUUGAUAGAAAUAUAAUUAAGCCUGCGAUGUUCUCCUACAGUUUGAACAAGAAAAAUCAGUUAAAGCUAACAAUUACAAUUAUAAUUAAAAAAUACAACUGCAAUUUGAAAAAUCUUGCCACAGUUGAAACAUUUUCCAAUGGUUGUCUCAUUGAGCAGUAAUUAAGAAGUGAGUAACGUUCAUGUAGUUUCUUAUCCAACGGAUGCUAAAUGAGUACACCAGUCGGAUUAUGCUUGAACGAACUAAAGUUUUUAUAAAUGAGAAUAUACUUAAAUAUGAUAACGGUGACAUCAAGUAAAAGUAAUUGAAAACAAAGUUCAUAUUAUGUAUGAAAAUAUGGCUAUAAUGUCUUAUGCAGGUAUUGACGUCUUCCUAUGCUACGCUGUCUAUUAUUAACAAACAAAACAAAAAAUUGAUUACAUUUAUAAAUUAUACAUUACGAAUAGGUGUGCAAUCAAUUUACUGUUUGCAUAAACUAAGAACUAAAUAAAAUAAAAAAAAAUAAAAACAAAAACAAAACCAAAAGAAAUGAAUUACACUUAUACAUAACAAAUGAAAAUGCUUUAAAGUUAAACGAUAAUUUAUACCUCUUUUACUUCAGUCUAAAGACCAUAUGGUCUAGUUAAUGUUAUGAUUCUGGUCUGCUUAUUUCUACCAUCAUUCCAUUCUGAAUUAAGUGCAAAAAUUAAGGGAGCCAUUUCCCAGUUGGUUAUUUGUUUUUGAGAAUCACUCGAACUAGUAAAUGUUUCCCACCAAUCUAUGAACAAGUGCAAACACCCCUCAACCCAUCAGGCACAUUCUCACACUCGUAUUUAUCCGACACAUUUGCAUUCACUGUUUUCCCUACCCAGCUCCCUCGUCUCCUUCUCUAUUUGUCUGUAUAAAUAUGCAAACUGUGUGUUGUCUACAAUUCAGUCGUCUGUUGUCUGUUGUCUCAGCAUAUAUCUGCAUGAAUAUGCAUAAUUGGCCAAGACUAGGAGCCAGUUUAUCCCAGUCAAAUGCCUGCUAAUCAUGAGUCGUGCCCCUUACCCAGCAUAUAAAUGUGUAUCUAUGUAAAAACAUUAUAUAGGUGUCAAGUGAAAAUGAAACACAAUAAGGAUGAUAUUUAUAUAGAUCAAAUAAGAGUACAUUAAGUGUCGCAGCAAUUCGCAAACAUAUCAUAAAUGUUGUAACUUUUCCCAAUUCAAAAGAGCUAACGACGCAGCUCUGAUACAAAAAUUUAAGAUGGCACUGGCGCACAUUUCCGCGUGUGGUGACAUUUUUUCAUGCAUAGCAUGUGGUACUUACACCAUGUAAUUAUAAUUGUUUGUUGAGGGUCCUCCUUGCGCCCGACAUGAAUAUUGACUUUGGCUAUUAACGUGAAACAUCCGCAUUCAUUGGGCCAGGGGAAUCCCUUACCCAGACGAAUAAAAUUAUAAUGAAAUAAGAUUGUGCAAGAUAUACUCGUUAACAAACACUCGAAAGCACGCAAACACAAACAUUAUAUUUGAAUGUUAUAUUUUGAUAGGUCAAAAGUAUUACGAUAGCGGGUUGUCAGACAAAGAUAUUUGGGGAUCUGGCUUGCGGCUACCUUAUCAUUUAACUCACAUCAAAAUCUUCCAAUCACACAUAUCAAGGCAUAUUGAACAAAGGGCAUGAAAUUAUAAAAGAUAUAUAUUGAAAUUAUGUAUACAACAAGAUGUAAAAAACGUAUAUAUUUAUAGAGAAAUGAAAUUAUUUAUUAUUUUUAGACACUUACACCACAAAAGCUUUACCCUUUUGUUUCCAUUAUUUAAGUGGCAUUAAUGUAACCAUAUACAUACACGCGAAUGUGUUUGAAAUUGAAUUCAACCUAAUUUAUAAUUCCCAUAUAUGUAUUGUAAAAACAGUUUUACGGUCUAAGAAAAUGAUCUAAAUGAAUAGCGGAAAUGAGGCUAUUAUUGAUAUCUGAAUACUGGCAAAAGCCAAUCAACACACAAAACCAAAUUGAAAUCGAUAGACAUAACGUAAUUAUUUAUUUAUAGAUACAGACAUACCAAGUGAAAGAUGAAAUUGUAAAAAUUGCAACCUAUGCAAGUCAUAUAAAAACUUAAUGUGGAAUAUGUGUAUUAUUAUGAGUAUACUAAAGCUAAGCGCGUACCACGAACAUUAAUAUGUACACUGUCAGUGCUGAGCAGGAGAGUGUGCUGGUAAAAGCACAAACUAAAUGUAAAAUUAAAGUGUAAAUUACCAAAGUGAACACAAUUUACGAUUACAAUUCAACAAAAAAUUAUGACGCCUACUGCUUGGCCAAUCUACUACACUGAAAGGAUAUACAGAAUAUUAAAUAUACAUACUGAAAUACGAAUAUUUGUGGUAAAAAGAGAACGAACUAAAAAAUAAAUGUUGAAAACAAAGGA